CGCUUGCUGGAGGGGGGCAAUGCCUCUCCUCCCCUCCUGCGGGUGGGAUGUGUGGAUCCAGGCAGGCUGUCCCCCCAUGCUGCAGGCCUGGGGGAGCUGGGAGGCCUUGCCCUGCUCCGGGCACAGCCAGCCUCAGCUGCCCGCCUUGUUCUCUCCAUCUUGCAGAGCCCCUGUCGCAGGCCGGACCCAGCCGCUGCCUCCCAGCACCCAGGGGCGUCGAGACCCCUCUCCCCUGGCCCCGAUCGCUGCCUCCUCCCUACCCCGCUCCAACUUUAGCAUGAUGUCUUAUCUUAAGCAACCACCUUAUGCCGUCAAUGGGCUGAGUCUCACCACGUCGGGCAUGGACCUGCUGCACCCCUCCGUCGGCUACCCUGGUAAGCAGCACCCAGCCGGGCUCCUCCAGGCCUUAGCAGCCAAGGAGAGGUAGCUCCUCACCUUGUCGGGGGGGGGCUGCCCGGGCGCGCUCUUCGCCAAGACCCGCUACCCGGACAUCUUCAUGCGUGAGGAGGUGGCGCUCAAAAUCAACCUGCCUGAGUCCCAGGAGCAGGUGUGGUUUAAAAACCGUAGAGCCAAGUGCCGCCAGCAGCAGCAACAGCAGCAGAACGGCGGGCAGAACAAAGUGAGGCCUGCCAAGAAGAAGAGCUCCCCGGCCCGGGAAGUAAGUUCCGAGAGUGGGACCAGUGGCCAGUUCAGCCCCCCUUCCAGCACCUCAGUCCCAGCCAUUUCCAGCAGCAGUGCCCCCGUGUCUAUCUGGAGCCCAGCUUCCAUCUCCCCACUCUCAGAUCCCCUGUCCACCUCCUCUUCUUGCAUGCAGAGAUCCUACCCUAUGACCUACACCCAAGCUUCAGGUUAUAGCCAAGGAUAUGCUGGCUCAACCUCCUACUUCGGAGGUAUGGACUGUGGAUCUUACUUGACCCCUAUGCAUCACCAGCUGCCUGGACCAGGGGCCACACUCAGUCCUAUGGGUACCAAUGCAGUCACCAGCCAUCUCAACCAGUCCCCAGCCUCCCUCUCCACCCAGGGCUAUGGAGCUUCGAGCUUGGGCUUUAACUCAACCACCGAUUGCUUGGAUUAUAAAGACCAAACUGCCUCCUGGAAGCUAAACUUCAAUGCUGACUGCUUGGAUUAUAAAGACCAGACAUCCUCAUGGAAGUUCCAGGUUUUGUGAAGGCCUGAAGGAACCCUUUGUGAUAAUAAAAUAAUAAUAAAAAACAUGCUGGGCUGAACAUUCCCGUUUUAGUCAGGUCUUGGUUAAAUUAAAGAGGAAAAAAGAGAGACAGUUGGUGUGAUCAUAUCCAGAUUCAUCUCCUGCUCAGAAGCUCUGGAAAGGAAUAGAGUGGAAAUGAAGGAAGACGGCCUUAAGUGGACAGAUCAUCUAGUGAGCAGAAAGAGACAGACCAACCUGUGUUCUUUAUAGUUUUAGCCAAUUGUUGGGUUUCUUUGUUUGAAAGGAAUGGAAGAGCAUUCCAUCUAUGGGCCAGUUAAAAUAAAUUGUCUAGGUUUUUAUUUCUUUUGUGUGUGUGUGUGUGGAAAGAUCCUUCACCCAGAGGUUUCCAGUGUGUUAGCCAACCCUUGGUUAAAAUCUUUGGAAUGGACAGCAUCUCUCUAUCUUUCUCUCUGCUUCUCUCUCUCUCUGUCUCUCUCUUUCUCUUUCUCUCUCAAGCUCAUUCAACUGUUU